CUUUAAACUUAUAAACACGUGUGGAAGGAACAGCCGCAUCGUAAAGCAAUAGAGAAGAACGUAACACUAAAUUGGAAAUGGCUCCCCCAGGUAAAAAGAAAUAAAUUUAUAACAAACUUUUAGGGUCACGGUACUUUUCUGCUAUUUUAAUUUUAUUAUUUAAAAUUAGUCUAGCUAAACUUAAGUCAUGCCUUCUUUAAACUUCUUAAAUUAUUGUUGUCUUUUUUUUUCUCCUUUUUUAUUUUUUAGUCUUCUUACUUCUUAGUAAUAAUAGAGGGAGUAUGUGUAAUUGUUAUAUUUUCAAUAUUACUACUACUAGUAAAUAGCUAAAUGUUACAGUAAGAAAUUCUAAGCAGUGUGGGUAAUUCCUUCAUUCAAUGGUUUAAUAAAUAUUCUAACUAAUUUAAUUAGAAUUAUACAAGUCACAAGUAUUUAUUCAAAAUUUAUUGUAAUUAAAUUGUUCUUGAGCUUUUCAUUUAAUGUCAGGUUUUUUCCUUAGUUUUAACUGGAUUUUAAAAAGAAAGCAAAGAAAUCAUAUCGGGCUUGAGUCUAUAGAUAUUAUCCAAUAGUGGCAAUAGUCUAUAGUCCUUAGUAAUUACUGUUACUGUUAAUCUGUGCAAAGCUAGUCUGUUGUAAUAAACUAUUUAUUUUACAGGAUUCACUCCACGAGGUCGAGGAGGUUUUGGAGACAGAGGUGGACGUGGUGGCUAUGGAGAUAGAGGAGGACGUGGUGGCUUUGGAGAUAGAGGAGGACGAGGUGGAGGAAGGGGAGGCUUUGGUGGUAGAGGACGUGGUGGAGAUAGAGGAGGAGGAAGAGGUCGUGGAGGCUUUGGUGACAGGGGUAGAGGUCGUGGCGGAGGUUAGUCAUUGCUAUACACUUUUUUAUUUUAUGUAUUUCUAAUUUAUAGAAGCUCAAAAUAUUUUAAAAUUUAGCUUUUCAUCUCCUCAGAAAUUAUUUAGUUUUUGUAUUGAGAUGGUUGGGGGGGGGGGGUGUACUGUGUGGGUGUGUCCAGGGACUGGAACACGCUUCCAAAAGCUGCAGUUGACACAUUUUUUGCAUCUAUUGCCUUCUGCUUUCCGACCCCUAGUUCCUAUUACUAUCACAUUAGUAGCCCUUACAACCAGUGGAGUAUCCUCUUCAAAACCAUGCAUAAUCACAUUAUGAACCCCUCUACAAACAUUAACAUAGGAGGGUCCAGAAUGAUCAAUACAUUGAUCGUGGGCCCUCAAAAUAUGGACGAAAAUGAUGUUGACAUAAUGUCUUGUUAUAUUGCAACAUUAUAAUUAAAUAAAUAAAUUUUAAAUAGCCUUACAGGUAUUUCAACCAAUAAAAAAACAGCACUUUUUUUUUUGUGGUCUUAGCUAUGAAUUUCUCUUUUUAUUACUUUUGAAUAGUGUAGUUGAAUUUUAAUAAAAAUAAUAGUCGAUUAUGUUUUAGAUGAAAAUAAUGCUUAGUGAAGAAAGGGAAAGCAAUUCUCAUUUCUCAGGUCCAACUUGUUGGUCCUGUCAUCCAUAGUCCAGUUUUGUGAUGUCACUCCGCUUAUGGUGAGGCAGCUCUUUGCAAAACCCAAGCCGCUAACUACAAAUUUACCAAAAUAAUUUGUAACUAUGAGGGGUAUCUUUUUUUUCUUUAAAUUGUUAAAGCAUUGCCUAAAAAGUUUGUUGUAAGCACUGCUAAGGAAUAUUGUUUUAUCUGACACAUUUCAUAUUUUAUUCAAAGGCCGUGGUGGUAUGAGAGGUGGUGCUAAAGUUGCAGUAGAGCCACAUCGAUAUGAAGGUAUAUUUUUUUUUAUCACCUCAGUCAUUUAACAUUGCCAUCUAUUUCAUCUAUUACUAUUUAUUUGAACAAUUUAAUUCAUAAAUAUAACUAUGACCUUUAAAGGUAUAUAAGUGCAUCCGUUUUAUUUAUGUUAUUUUAAUUUUCAACGAAAUUUUUAAACUAGUACAAGAUAUGUUGAAUGUCAUAAAUUUUAUAUGCUAAUUGAUGGUCAGCAAGUUGGAUUGUACCUUAUUAGUCAUAUAACUAACUUUAAAAGAAGGUAAUUUGCUUUAAUGUUUAAAAUUGACAACCUUACACACAAUCAUUUUGGAGCAUACAUUUUAUUUUGCACUGUCAUUACAACAAUUUUACACCGGUAUAUAAAAAAAAUAAAAACGUUCGUUUUGAAAUAUAUUUUGCAAUGAUUUGUAGUCUAUGCAGAAGUAUAAAUUAAGAUAAUGUGCAAUUCAUUUGGUCAUUUAGUUAUAUGAUCUUUUAACUGUUAAGAACAAUUUUCUUAGUCAGCUGAAGGUGGCACUCUGUUAUAGAUCUUGGUAUUAAUAAAAGGCUUUUCUAAAGAAUAAUGAGUAGCAAACACUCUUUUUGUUCGAGUGUUAAAAUCGCGUUUAAUUUCCUUGUAGGUGUGUUUAUCGGUAGAGGUGGAAAGGAGGACGUUUUGCUGACCAAAAACUUUGCUGUUGGAGAGUCUGUGUAUGGAGAGAAAAGGAUAUCUGUAGAGGUAAUUCUUAAUUGUUUACAUCCUUGAAUGGCACAUUAACAUUUGUCAUAAUAUUAAUUUGAUUGCUACAGAUUUUUUUCUAUGUUCCUUGCUACAUGUAUUAUAAAGAGCUUGUGUUCAUUCAAGAUUUCUUCCUUCUUUUUAAAAUUCUCAUGUUUUAAAAGGGUUAUUUUUCUAUGUUACUGUCUUUACUAAAUAAUAAGAAAAGAACCACUUUGAAUAAGAAUUGAGUAAAUUAAAAAAUUAAUUAAUUGCAUUUAAUUUAACACAUUUUUUUUUUUUUUCACUAACUGUGUGUUUUCCCAUUUUUCUCUUUCAUUUAGGAAGGCGAGACCAAAAUUGAGUAUAGAGCCUGGAAUCCAUUCCGCUCCAAACUGGCUGCUGCCAUUGUUGGUGGUGUUGGCGACAUUCACAUUAAGCCUGGCUCCAAAGUUCUCUAUCUUGGUGCAGCUUCAGGGACCACAGUUAGCCAUGUAUCAGAUAUUGUUGGAGCUGUAAGUAACAAUCUAGUUCCAUUUAGACUCCAUUUAACUUCAAAUGUAAUUGGUAUUUUAUUUUAACUAUUAUAUCACAAUUUGUUAUCGAUAAACUCUUCGCAUUGCAUUGUUUGCUGUACAUAUGUCUAAAACACUGGGGAUUUUGUAAGUAUCUGGUGAUGUUUUUUCUUCAAAUAAAUGUAUCCAUUUUGUUUAUUCUUCAGGAGGGUUUGGUUUAUGCUGUUGAAUUCUCUCACAGAAGUGGACGAGAUUUGUUAAAUGUUGCCAAGAAAAGGACAAAUAUAAUUCCCAUCAUUGAAGAUGCAAGGCAUCCGCACAAGUACAGAAUGUUAGUAGGUGAGUCCAAAUGAAAUAUCCUUUCUUUUGUUUGAUUGUGCCUUUUCUUCGAUGAGAUCAUGGAUUAAUAUUUUUAAUGCUUUCUUAAAUUACUAUUUUUAACUAGAUAUAUUUCUGGGUUUAGAGGAAACUUUUUUUUUCUAACUGAUGAUGUUAAGUCGGGUAUUUUUUAUUAUUUUAGGAAUGGUUGAUGUUAUAUUUGCUGAUGUUGCCCAGCCUGAUCAGGCCAGAAUUGUUGCAGUCAAUGCUCAUAGUUUUUUAAAAAAUGGUGGUUUCAUUGUCAUCUCUAUAAAGGUAAGCCUACAAUUGUCUCACACACAAUCCCAGUCUUUUUGGAAUUAGUUUUGUAAAGAAAUUGUGUUUUCUUUUUGGAGUAUUUACCAGAUCAGGGAAUAAAUCCAAUUACAAUUUGUUCCAUAUCAUAAUUAUUUAUUUUCCCCCUUAGUACUUUUACAAUUGUUUCAAUUAUAAACAUUAAGACUAUAAUCGAUACGAUCCAUCAUAGUCUUAAUGUUAAUAUAGAUUACACUUUUAAAUUAUUUAUUCCUGUUAUUUCUUUUAAAUUUAAUUAACGGAGUGGCUAUUCGGACCUGAGUCCGAGAAGUUAGAGGUUGGGAUUAGAAUGUUAAAAAAAUAUAUUAUUGUUUGGUUGUAAUACAAAGUUUGGUAUCAAAUGAAAGAUAAUUGAAUGGACUAAUUGAUUGUAACCUUAAUUCUUCAGUUUAACUGAAAUAAACGACCCCAAAUGACGUCCGAAUAGCGGCGAUGUGUUUCAGGUUCCUUUUUUACUAAAUGCUAUUCGGAUGUCAUUUGUGGUAGUUUAUUUUAGUUAAACUUAAGAAUUAAAUAUUUAAAAUGCAAAUAAACCCAUUUUAUACACUAGUUUUGUUUUUUUUUAAAUGUCUUAAAAUUUUUAAUUUUUUAAUAAAUAUUCAUUUCUGCAUGGGUAGAAAUAGUAUUAUUAACCAUGGCAAAUACUUGUUAAAAAAGCGGUUUAUUCAGUGGCAGCGAAUGCCCCAGGUGAUUUCCGAUUGUUCCCUGAUUGUCUAUUCUAUCAUCAAAGCAAGUCUGUUCCCUUUAGUUCAAUAUAAAACUCUGCUGCAAAUUAUGCAACUGUUAGGUUAAUGGGAGCAUUAUUGCCUCUAGUUGCAUCAGAAAGAUUCCCCAAUUUAUUAUCUCUUUUUUUUUUUUUUUACCACAAUGCUGCCUUCAGGUUAUAAAUAUAUCCUUAUUUAUUUAUUUUAUUUUUUAUUAAGGGUGGGCUAAAAUAGGUUUAGGUUUUUAAUAUAUUUUCUAUAUUGUUUAAGAAUUUCUUUAUUUCUUAACUUGAUAAAAUAAUUGUUCCUUGAAUUAACUUUUUAAAAAAAAUUUUUUCUUGUUUUAACCCACAGGCUAACUGCAUUGACUCUACGGCAGAACCAGCUGCUGUGUUUGCUGGGGAAGUUGAGAAAUUGAAGCAAGAAAAAAUCAAGCCCAUAGAGCAGUUGACACUUGAACCUUAUGAGAGAGACCAUGCUGUUGUGGUUGGCAAAUACAGGUUAGUGUUAAAGUAACCCAUGAACUGUGGUCGGCUGACAUUCUCGUUCUGUACUGUGGUGGCCGAUAAAAAACAUGGUCCAAUAGCAACUUCCAAUCCAAUAUUUAACUGGAAUUAGAGCCAUUUCCUUUUAUUAAUAAUUAAAUCAUCUUCCGUUUCAAGCUGUUUCUUAAUAACUUAAAAAUACUUUUUAAUCUGAGUUUUAUGUCACUGUUUUUUUUUAAAGCUAAAAUGGUUGAAGCUAUGGCUGGGCCUUCAGUGCAAGAACUAAUAGAAAUAUGUUUGAAUGCUUUUUAGGAGAGGUUUUAAAUGAUACUGAUUUUGAUUUUAACAUUUCCCAUGACGAUAUCAGUUAACCUUAUUCUUCUCGUGAAUUUAAUACUAGCCUUAGUGAUACUGAAGUAGGCCUGAGGCUACUGUUAGACUUCGAGUCAGGCCCUGAGGUUGGGCAAGGACUAACUGAAUUUUAAUCACAGAAGCUACAGAUUAUAUUUCAGAACUAAAAAAUGUUUAAAGUUCUACAGUUCAUUUUUAAAUGUUUACUAGUCAAUAAUAACUUUUUUGUCUGAGAUUUUGUUCUUGGUUUUAGCAGUGGUCCCAGUUUCUUAUAUAAAUUACCUAAAAUUGCUUUAAGAGGUUUAAUUUCAAUCAAAACCUUAGCAAACUAUACAUUUUCUGAACUAUAAAUAAAUUGGCUACAACAUUUAGAUUUGUGUUUUAAGUGUAUCUAUAAAAAUUAAUUAUGUUAUGAGCACUUGAAAGCAAGACAUUUUGUCGAUUUUUUUCUUGAGAACUCCAAGGUCAAGGACACAGCAAAAAAAAUUUUUUCAACGGGGUGGGCAAUAUGGCCAACUUUAUCCCCAUCCAUUUACCUUUCUAAAAAUAUAUACUUAUUGGGGUCUUGUAUGAAUAUUUCUAUGUCAUUUAAUGCAAUUUCAAAUGGCAUUCAAAACGCCCUGAAAAGCUCCACACCACAGAAUAAUGCAUGCCACAGUUCGUGGGUUAAUAUAAAUUUCAUUUAAAAAAUUCAAAGUAUAUAUUUUGUAGCUGUGUUACAAUACCGGGUGUUAGUCAUGUUAGUCAUCUAUUGCUUAUUGCUAGUCUCAGUGACCUCUUUCCACCACAUAGGUAGUGGUGUGUAUAAGAUAUUAAUAAACCUUAUUCUUCAAUUACCUAUAACAAGAUGUGACAUUUAACCUUUUUUUAUUCUAUUAUUUCAGACCUCCACCAAAGAAGUAACCACAACUCUACUUGUACUUCCAUGUAAAUGUUGAUAACUGUCCAACAGGCACAUUUUUUAAUGUACAUUAUUUAGGAUAUUGGGUGGGGAUGCUGUAAGGAUGAGUUUGUUUCUUUUGGAUAAGUAAAAUAUAAUGUGUGUAAUCUAUAUCACACAUAAUGACUUCAUUGGCUUUGCCAUUAUUGGGGUGGGGCUGGUUUUGGGCCAUCAAUAAACUGAUUUUACUUUUUAUUAGAAAUUUUACUGAAAGUUAGUCAAAAUGUGCUUGAGGGGGGCGGUUGACUUGUAGUGAAGUAUUUCAUCUGAAGUCACUUGUAAAUACCAUUGUACUGCUUCACAUUCAUGAUUAUUGAUGAUUAAAGAAAUAUUUUAAUCUU